CUAGGUGAUCUGUAUACUACGGUGUGGAGCGAACAUGAACUUAUCCAAAUCAUCAUCACAUAGGUUACCUCACCUCAAUCCCAAAUAUCCCAAGACCACCUAGACGAGUCCUUCAGAUAAAAAGAUCCAUUGUAGAUCAAGAUGAGUCAUGACAUUUGGAGCACCACGUCAGACUCGUAUUUUAGUUUCUCUCUCCCAAUCACCGCCUAUGAGACCCGGACCGUCCGAAUGUACUAGAAAUCCGUUUAGACUCUCCAACAUUAUAUUUAAAACCAUCACCUUGGGGCUGCAUUUGGACAACAGUGCUUGCAAAUCGGUAUCCAAGUCAGACAUAUUAAAGAAGACAUCGAAAUCAUUCGCAAUGCAGGCAAUUCGUGUGGGUUCAGCUCCUUCAUCUGCCGCUCCAUAUUCACCCUCGAAUCCGGCACCGUCGUCAGCCUUGUACCUUGAUCAAAACACGCCUAUUCCUAAGCCGUCAAAAAGAGACGAACUCCUUGUCCGUGUCAAGGCUACAACGGUGAUUCGUGACAUGUUGACGUGGCCCGAAAGCUAUCACCAAGAGCAUUCCAUUAUCGGAAGCGACGUGUCGGGUAUUGUUGCGGAGGUCGGUUCGGAGGAUUGCAAGUUCAGACCGGGAGAUGAGAUUUUCGGAAUGUUGAACGUGAAUCGUGCAUCUGCAUGGGCCGAGUACUGCAUCGUGGAGGAGAAUGAAGUUGCGUUGAAACCAAAGACUCUAUCCUGGGAGCAGGCCGCGGCCAUUCCCCUUAGUGCACAAACAGCAUACGAGGCCUUAUUUGACCAUGCGAGUGUUCCUGUACCCUCCGUUGAGGAAGUAGCGAGAAGCAGAUCUUCUCGGACCUCUGGCGAAGGGCAGCCCCGGCUUUUGAUCACUGGUGCCGCUGGGGCUGUUGGAGUCUACCUUGUCCAGCUGGCUUCCCUUGCUGGACUCCACGUUGUGGCCGCCACCAGUUCGAAUACUCGCAAUGCAGAGUUCCUUCGAGAGCUCGGUGCUCACGAGACGGUUGAGUACGGCAUGCUGGAGAGCCACAACAGCGCUUACGAUAUCAUUAUUGAUACUGUCGGGGGUGGCGUGUUGGCCAAGUGCUGGAAUUAUGUGAAAGAGAACGGCACUCUUUUAUCCGUGGAUUCGGCGAGCUACAACUUCGUUGAGGAUCAUGAAAAGCGUGGUAUACGUAGGGAGGGCGUCCGCGCUUUAUUCUUUAUUGUCGGAGGCAGCAGCAAGGCUUUGCACUAUUUGGCUGAACUUGCGGACUCGGGUUUUGUACGUCCCUUUGUUGCUGGGACGUAUCCCUUUGCAAAAGUACAAGAGGCGUACGACAUUGCCAACGGAAGGUAUCCUGGGCGUGGAAAGAUCGUUCUUACCAUCUGAACAGACCGAUGCCAUACGACAUUUGUCGACUGAAGACCAAACGCGAGUCUCUUAAUGUACCAACAAUACGUCUGGAAUUCUAUUACCUUUCACCAUGCAUGCAUUGGGCAAAGUAGAGACAAGAAACAGCAGGGGUUUAUCAACAAAAGAAGGGAUGAGUAUGGCUCCUUAAGAUUGAAAAGCUUGGGAAUACCUUCAAGCUACUGAUGAAAAAGUUAGCGGUUAUGGCCAUACAUAGGAAAUUGCAGUGGGCCAUCUUAUAUGACUGUACUUGUAAUGUCAAGGUUCUUGCCCAAUUAGUUGAAGGGAGCUUCUCCCAAUUUCUAGGGUACAUAUUGAGACGGUA